CAUGCGCAAAUUGCGAUUUUGACCGCCAUUGAUAGUUAUUUCGGAUAGCAACAAUAAUUAGACAUAGGAUAAUAGCUGCAGAGCAAAACCAGAAAUGUUAACAAAAUUAUUAACCAAUGCAGUACUAAAAUAAGCCAAUGUCUGGGACGCUGGCAUUAUUUAGAAAAACUGCCGGUCAUGGCGACAUUAAAAAAUCAGCACAGAAAGUUGCUGACACUAAAAAAGAUACGGUCACUCGACUAAAACACCUUCGUAUUGUUUUGGAUAACUAUGACAUCCAGGAGGCCAAAAAGUUUUUCACAGACAACUAUUCACAUAUAUACUACAUUUUCUACGACAAUUUUGGAACAGUUGAAGCAGAUUUAAAACAAAGAGUAAACAAAGCUCACAGAGAAGAGUUAGAAGGCAUACUGGUUAUUUUUGAAAAAAUUCUUUUUCUGUUGCCUGAGAUAGUUCAUAAAAGAUGGAUGUUUCACAGCAUUGGGCGGAUAAUCAAAAAGCUCCUUCACCCUGGCAACAGCCUACAGCUACGCAGUCAAGGUGUUAGAUUUUUCCUGAUCUGGUACCAGUGCUUGCAAGAAAAUGCUAGUGAAGAGUGCCACCAGAUGUUCACUAAUCUGGUGCCAGGACUUAGAGACGAGACAAACUUAGAGUCAAAUCCUUUGGUCACAGACAGCAGCUUAGCUGAUGGUGUUGGUGGCAUUGUGGCUGCAAGUGAGAUCACAGCGAUUCUACCCAACCAGCCAGAAAAGAUUCCAGAAAACAUUACAAAGUAUUUUCUGGAUACCUUGCUGAACUACAUGGUUUCAGAGGUUAUAAAAAUUGAGUGGAUGAACAAGGAGAUGAGGGAACAAAGUUUUGAUUUCUUGUUCUCCAAAUUUAAAGGAAAAUAUCUUAGUCAAUUAUUGCCAGAUUUUGUAUAUAGAGAUAUAUAUGAUCCAAUUCAAGAGUUGCCAAUGGCUAGAGGAAAGGAAGUGAUGAAAAAAAAAGAUGAACCUCAAGCCAUUUCUGAAUGUCGUGAUUCUUUUAUAUACUGGCUGGCAAAUUUUACUGUAUCUAGUCAUAAGCCAGACCCUGAUCUACAUAGAGGUCUUUCAUGUUCACUAUUAAGUGAACCUCCAUCACACACUGGAGAAACAAGAGAUGUUGGCAAGGGUGCUGGAGAUGAAGAGGAAGGGAUUACACCACCAGUCUCAGGCAGUAAAGGCAGCACUCUGUCCUCUGACUUUGCUCCAAAUGAAUCAGCAGCUGGCUACUGUGGUGAGGCGCACACAGAUUCUGAGUACCAGAUUGUUAGAGCUGUACUCUUCUCUACCAGAGAAAAUGUCAACACUGUGCAUGAAUGCUUUAGGCAGGCUUUACUCCAGUCAUUUAGACAUACAAAUGCCAUUAGAAAAGUCAUUGGGGUAUACAAAGAAUGGUUUCAGCAUGAGGAUGAGCGACCAGUGUUCAUGUUGGAGCCAGCCAGUGUUGAACCAAACACAGAUGGGGUUGACAGGGGGGAAUGUGCUGAGUUCUACCAUGGUUCCCUCUCAGAUAUAGCCGAGGAGGACAGAUUCUCUAUGGAUGAUUCUCCAUCUGCAAGUGCCUUGUCGCUCCAGCACUUAAAUGCACCCUCAGAGAAUGAGGAUGGAGCCAGGAGAAGCUAUUUGAGAAACAGGUCUUACCUUGGUGCUGUGCAGGACUUGGCUGAUCUUGGGGAUGAGAAAAGUAAAGAUGUACGAGCUGGCAUGCAGAGAAUAUUGCAAGUUUUCAUCACCAAUGCAGCCAAUAUUUUUUUGCUUGAUGCAGAAGAUGAUGGGCAACUUCAAAACCAGGUUGAAUUAUGUAAAAGAGUACUCAAUAUCUAUAGGCAUGUUGUCAUGAGCAUAGAGUUGAAUCAUCAAACUUGGGAGCAGUUACUGAAAGUUCUCCUUAGAAUAACUUCAGGAGUACUAAAACGCAAUCCUCCCAUUGAGAGAUACAUGACUCUUGGAGGACGACUGGCUCAACCCAUAUUUCAGACAUUGAUAGUAACAUGGACCAAAGCUAAUUUGAAUAUAAUGGUCACAGCUGCAUUAUGGGAUGAAUUUCUAGCAGUUCUCUCAGCAUUGACCUCUUGGAAAGAACUAAUUAUGGAGUGGUCUAGAACAAUGGAAACUCUAACAAGAGUGUUGGCACGUCAAGUGUAUGGCUUGGACUUGAAUGAUCUCCCUUUAGAGAGACUUAGUGAGCAAAAAGAAAAGCGUAGGAGAGGGAAAGAAUCAACUAAAGGGAAACCAACUUCAAGUAAAACCACAGGAGCUGGGAAACUGGAGAAAAGUUUCUCUAGAGGUUGGAGUGGCAGUGAUGGAAACUCUGUCAAUCCACUACGCAGCUCCACAAACAGUGCCCCUUCACCUGAGAUGACAGGCUCAUUUGAAAGAGGAGCCAAAUAUAAAAGUGAUGGUGCAGGAGGUAAAAUCAGACCAGACUUGUCCAAGCAGAAGUCUUUAAGUGGUGAACCCUCCCCUGCACACUCUAGGUGUCCUUCUUCAUCAUCAGAAUGUUUGAUCAGGUCCAGCAGUGAGGGCAACAUCGUAGCUGACCCCCAUGAGCUGCUAGAGAAGCUGCGAGCUUCAAACCCUGCAGACAUUGACGACAAGAGCUCCUGUGUGCUUGAUACUUCCAGGGGCAGCAACUCCAACAAUCUUGUUGAAACUUGCUCACUGUCAACUUCUCAGGGGGCCUCGGCUGUGGUAGAUGAUGUUGAAGUGUCUCGAAUAACCACUACAUGUACAGCAGAACUUAGCACAAUCAUAGGCCCACAUUCUAUACUUGAAGAAGGCAGCUAUGAGGAGGGCCUUAAUAUUGACAAAUCAGCAGGUUCAAGAUCUCCCUCUCCCUCUUCUUUACAAUCAAAAUCAGGCAGCCGCAGUCCAUCCCCAUCAAAUAUGUUGAUAUCAAAUGAUAAUAAUAAAGACAGCUCCACACCAGACAGAGAUUCUUUACAUAUAGAUAUUACUGGACCCGAAGAUAGCAAUGUUAACAGAGGUCUAGAUGUUUCUGUUGACUCUAUUGAUGAAGUGAAGAGUAUUAUGGCUGGUGGCAAUGUUCCUGGCUGGAUGCCAGAUGUAGCAGUGGUACUGUGGAGACGAAUGCUGGGCUGUCUAGGAGAUGUCAACAAGAUAGAGGAUCCAGACAUUCAUGCCAUCGUCUUUGAUGCUUUGGAGGAGCUGCUGGAUACAUUAUGUCGGAUGAGUGACAAUCUAGGUGUCACACAGGACAACAUGUCAUCUCCUCAACCACCUGAACUGAUUCCCCCACUUCAUUAUUUUUCAUCAUGGCUUUUUGAGUGUUUCAAUCUCAGCAACCGGUACAAGAGAGGAAAGCUGCUGGCAUACCAGCUUAUUUGUCAGGCUAUGUUGAGACGCCAUGAGGUCAUGCCUAGUCCUCAGCUGCUAGCCCAGUUCUAUCUAGUUUUACACACAGGGCUGGUUUCCCCAGAUCAAGAUAUUGUGAAUGUUCUCAUCAGGGAUUGUGGGCACAAGUUUUUUUCUUUUCCUUUACCUGGUUGUUUGUUGCUCACUCUGGAUUUCAUCAAAGCUGCUGGCAGCAUCAUAUCAGCAGUGGACCAUAAGGAGCCUCCACGAGCAGAGGCAGUGACUGUGCUAGGGUCUUUACUGUGCUAUCCUCAUCACCUACAAGAGAUUCCAGUCUUGGAACCUGAAACCAUGAAAACAAUCAGUAUAUCCUCAUCAGAGCUCAAGAACAAAGUGCUUGACCUUUUACUCAGGGCAGGCAAGAAAGAGCCAGCAGGUCUGGCCAGGUGUGUGGCUGUGAGUAGUGUUGCAAUAUUUCUAUAUGGAGAAUUAACUCAUGGAACAAUGCAUCCUAAGAUGAAGGAGGCUAUUAAUGUUCUACUUGGUGCUUUAAUGUGUGUGAACAAGAAAGUUGCCAAAGUGGCAUCAGACAUGUUGUUACUGUUGUGUGAUCAUGUUGAUAAGUUGUUGGACUAUCAUCCACAAAUGCCCAAGAAAAUAGCAGAGGCCAUAGCUUCUACAAUAUCUGGUCUUAUACCUUCACAUGGUCUCAAUAUUAAUUCUGAUGAAGAAAAAAGGCUCAUUGUAUGGAUGAUGUUCUGUAUGGUGGAGUGGUGUCUUAAGAUGCCAAUGCCUUUGUUGAUGGAAACAACAGACACAGACAAAAGUUGCAUUUAUAAAGUAUUUAGGGUUCUGCAUUCUGCUGUCACUGGGCACAGCUCUUCUUCAUUAACCAGAGUCAGCAAAUCUUUAUCAGACUUCCUCCAGGACACAGACUACAAUAACAUCUGGGAGCAGGGUGUCAGCAUGAGUGCUCCACAGCAGAGACCAUUCAGUGCAGAUACAACACUGACUGAUCCUCUAGCAGACUCAGCCAAACAGUCUUCAGGGGGACCACAAGUUGAGCCUGCAAGGAAACCAGAGACAGACAUUGUUAAACUAGCAGCAAGAGCUCUGAUGUCUCACCUGGUCAACCACAUGUCCCACUUCCCAAUGGGCUCAGGAGCUGCCAGGCUACACACCACUGUACAAGAGCAUCAUGACCUUCCAGAGUAUGUUGAAGAGGACUUGAGGACUGAGAUAUUUAGUGCUCCUAAUGUUCAGUUUUUUGUUCUGAAUCAUCGAUGCCUGAUUUCUUUCAUUGAACUUCCAGCUGUGGAUGCUCCUGGUGGUGGAGUGACGGCAGGUCUAAUGACUGCCAGAACAGUCUGUCGUAUCAUAGUCAGAGACUUAUGUGGUAAAUACUGCUGGGAGAACUCUGUGUUGUAUAGUCCACCUUGGUGCACCAAGGGCUCCUCUAGACACAAUGCUCAGACACUCCUUGGUCUAGCAGCUGGUGCUGAGCUGGAGCCUUUACUUAUUCAGGAAGAAGAUGAUGUUCUGUAUAGAUUAGAACCUUUGAAGUCAUUACAAUUGGAGGCGGAAACAGAUAAUUUGGAUAUGAUGUUGGCUCAUAUUGGCCUUACUAGUCCAGAGUGUUUGCUAAGACCUGGCCAACCACUCAACAUAGCUGCCAGGUUGCCUGAGGAGCUUACUGAAUCAGCAGAAGUCAGUUUAACAAAACUUAUUCAUCAGCAAGCACAAAUAGAGAAAGAACACAGAAAUGCACACCGUAAAGACAUCAAACACAAAAGGAAAAGGGACUCUGAACACAUGGUGGCCCAACCCGAAAUGCCAGCAGAGAGUCAAGAUCCUGUAUCUCCAUUUCAGAUGUGUCGUUUGCUCCUUGACCAGAUGGGACUGUUGUCUUGGGAAAAACGAUGUCACUUUGAUCUGUUAAAAAAGAGUGAAAAAGUAUUAAGAGAGUUAAAAAACUUGGAUUCACAAAAAUGUCGUGAGACUCAUAAAAUAGCUGUGAUAUAUAUAGGCCAAGGUCAGGAAGAUAAGAACUCAAUUUUGUCUAACAGUUCAGCUAGCCGUGCCUUUGAAGAUUUUGUUGCUGGUCUUGGAUGGGAGGUGGACUUGGAAACACAUCAAGGAUUCAUGGGUGGACUCCAACAAAACAGAACAACAGGUAACACAGCCCCCUACUGGGCCAAUUCAACCUGUGAAGUUAUAUUCCAUGUGUCUACUAGGAUCCCUAGUAUUGGAAAUGAUUGGCACAUCAAGAUGCGCCAUCUUGGAAAUGAUGAGGUUCACAUUGUGUGGUCAGAACACAGCAGAGAUUACAGAAGGGGGAUAAUUCCCACGGAGUUUGGGGACAUUGUUAUUAUUAUUUAUCCCCUCCCAACUGGCCUCUAUCGCAUCCAAAUAGAUAGAAAGGCAGAGGUUCCCUACUUUGGACCUCUUUUUGAUGGAGCCAUUGUGGAUCAUUAUGUCCUGUCUGGCUUAGUUAGAGCUACUGCGAUUAAUGCCAGCCGCCUAAAGCGUUCAUCUAUGCCAUUUUAUCAUGCAUACUAUGAGGAGCGUGCCAAAUGCCUAGAGACCAUCAUUCAGCAGCACACUGAGAACACAAUGUUUGAAGACUUUGCUGAGAAUGUUUUUGCUCCAGUCUUACCAGCCAAUGCAGCAAUAGUUGACUCCACUCUACCAUCCGAGUCCAGUAACAACAGUCUGAAUGAAAUAUGCCAGCAGGGUCAGACUGAGACCAGCUCACAGAUGUCCCCCAACAGCUCCAGGCAGAGAGGAAAACUUGGUCUAAAAAAUGUUGCAAGUGAUUCAGCUCUACUAGAAGUCCAGCCUGAGAAAAUUCUUCAGAAAACCGCUAGACGUCUGUCCAUCAGAAGCAGAAGGUCCUCAGGCUCCAAGGCUGUGUCCUCAACAAGCCCCAGCCCAACCCACACAUCUGCCACAUCAUUCCAGCUGCCUGACAGCCCACAGUUCAGAAACCACAAAAUGAGCAGCACUAGCAGCAACAGUAAUGACAUUGUGGACAGCCCCAAGUCUAAAUCCAGCAAGAAAGAUGCUGAGAAUGGAGCUAAAGCCAAAUCAGGGAAGUCACGCUCAGAAAGCCCGAAAUCCAAGAGCAAAAAUAAUGAUAAUACAGUACUCCAAAAAAAAAAAUAAUUGUACGUGGUGCUCUGGUUUAAUUUAUUUCAUCCCUUCAAUCCUAAUGGCAGAAUAUAUGAAUGUGAUAACUUUGCAUUGUAUAGACAUUGUAAUGUAAUCAUCUUUAUUUUAUAAAAGAAUAUAAUGAAACUAUUGAUGUAAAAUUAAUGUACAGAAAGAAAUAUAAGGGAUAAGAAGUGAUUUGAUCAAACAGAUACAAUCUGAUACCCAUCCAUAUUUUAACAAAAACAUGACCAAGAAAUGAUAUAUUUGUAUUAGUGGCAUUCUAUUUCUUUCUAACUAUAUUUAUGCUAAAAGCUCCUAACAUAAAUUUUGUAAUAACCCCCCCCCCCUUUUUUUUUUAUUAAUUUUUUUGUUUUUUAUAUACCGUUUAUCUCCUUUUUCUUAUAUGAAACUAAUAUUUGAACUGAGCUUUUGUGUCCAACAUAUUAUUUCAUUAGUCAUGUUUACUGUUCUAACACAUUGGAGAUGUCAGAUCAGAUAUGCUGUUUCAAACCAAGCAGCAAAGAUUUGUCAAGUUAGCCCAUUGGGAAAAGUUCAUUUAUAUUUUCUUUUGUUUCAUUUAUUAAGAGCAUUUUAAAUGGGUUUUUUUUUUUUUUGUUUUUUUUGUGUUUUUUUUAUUUAAAAAAAAAGCCUUCAACUACUGAACACUGGUUUCUAUUUUGUCACAAUCAAAACAGAAAGUUUGAAUUUGAACACUGAUUAAGUGUGCAUAGUUAUCAAGUGUUUAUUGUCUAAUGAAUGCCAGCUGAUCACUGGCUUAGUUUUGUAGAAUUAAAGAUACUGAGACUGGGAACCUUCUGUGUCAUUGUAUUGUUAGAAGAGAUUCCCCAAAUCAAGGAUAUUCCUUGACUUUAUAAUAAUACAAAUAAUGUCAGUGAACUUCAAAAAAUAUUCAUUAGUGUGAGAUGCAGCAUUAUUUUUUUUAUUGUAUUUGUUUCAUUUAAUAAAUAAAUUAAAAAGAAAACACAUCCACUACCACAUAAAGCUGUCAAAUACCUCACCCACGCCAUGUAGCCAAAAGAACAUUUUUGUUGCAUUGCAAGAUGUGAUUUGUUUAUAGUGGAAUAUUUUUCUCAGCCUUUGUUUGAAUUAGAAAACAAAAAAAGUGCAAUUGUAAAACUCUCAGGCAUUUCAGGUUGUAUUGAUAUUAGAUUUUGUGCUUUUAUUUUCAAUUAUUUUUGUUUCGUUAAUUGGUUUGGUAUUUUUAAUUUUAUCUGCAUUUGAUUUGGAGAUGGACAAAUAGAUAGGAAACUUUUAAUCUUUUGAAUAGUAUUAUAUUUAUUGGUUUGAAUUGGUGUGCAGGUUCCCCUGCACAGGAUCUUUAACAUAAACACAAUUUUUUUGGCAUGUUUUUUUUCCUUGCAUUUUAAGCAAGAUGUUUCUUUCUAAAUUUAUUUAACAAAUAAGUAGAAGUUUAAAUACAAGGAUGCAGUUGAUCCUAGACAUUUUUUUUAAGUACAGUAUUUUAAACUAGAUUUUUCAUUUUCUUCAUCCAAUUGAAAGAGUCCUUAUGUUUUUGUUUUUUUUUACUUUAACUUUGUAAGUAGUUAAUAGUUCAAGACUAAUGGACACUUUUUUAGGCCAUAUCAGCACUAGCUGUACCUCUCAAUACUAUUGAGUUCUUAUAUUGCCCAAAUGAUGUCUCUGAAAUUUGUUUGUUCUAUAUCCUUAGAAACAUGAUGUUUUUAGUUGACAUAUCAGACAGAACCAUCUGUUCAAAGUCUGUGUAUUCAGUCUUGUAAGUUGGCCAUAGUUCUUUGAUUUUCAUUGUAAUUGUAUUGCAAUUGAAUGGUAUCAGAUCUAUUAUGUACAUAGUUUUAUUAACAUGUAGAUAAUAUUGUUUGCCUUUGUUGUGAGAAAAGCUUUACAGUCCGAGGUCAAGGAAUAGGAUUAACAUUUUGAUUUGUUCAGUCUGUCUAGUCAGAUUUGAACUGAAUUGGCAUAGACUUGUAUAUGGCAAGAGAACUGCAUCUUACAGUUUGAAAAAACAGCCAGCUAAUGAUCAAAUUAUGUGGGAAUAAAGAAGUGGGAAU